AGUGGAAGUGAAAAGAACGAAAGGAGAAAACAACUGAUCAAGAACACGCAGUAGGGUCGAGGACGCCAUUAAUUUAGCCCAGCAAUUUUCACGAUUCCUUUCCCAGAUUCUGCAACCCGCCUGGCAAUUUGAUCCAAUCCGCAUCCGGAACCAGCAAUAAUGGCGACUCGGUAUUGGGUGGCGUCUCUCCCCGUCGGCGAAGGCUCCUCCGCCUCCUCCCUCUGGAGUCGUCUCCAGGAAUCCAUCUCCAAACAGGCCUUCGACACAGCUCUAUACAGAUUCAACAUUCCGAAUCUGCGAGUGGGAACCCUAGAUUCGCUAUUGGCUCUUAGCGACGACCUAUUGAAGGCUAAUAGCUUUAUUGAAGGUGUGUCGCACAAAAUUCGACGGCAGAUCGAAGAAUUGGAGAGGGUCUCGGGAGUAGUCACUAGCUCUCUUACUGUAGAUGGGGUUCCUGUCGAUUCUUAUCUCACUAGGUUUGUGUGGGAUGAGGCAAAAUAUCCGACAAUGUCACCACUAAGGGAGAUCGUUGAUGGAAUUCAUGUACAAAUUUCUAAGAUUGAGGAUGAUCUCAAGGUCCGCGUUGCUGAGUAUAACAAUGUGCGCAGCCAACUUAAUGCCAUUAAUAGAAAACAGGCUGGAAGUUUAGCUGUUCGUGAUCUUUCCAGUUUGGUGAAACCACAAGAUGUUGUUAGCUCAGAACACUUGACAACCCUCCUCGCUGUUGUCUCAAAAUAUUCUCAGAAAGAUUGGCUAUCAAGCUAUGAGACUUUGACUGCAUACGUGGUCCCGAGAUCAUCCAAGAAACUGCAUGAGGAUAAUGAAUAUGCACUUUAUACUGUAACAUUAUUCAAUCGUGAUGCCGACAAUUUUAGAACUAAGGCACGAGAGAGAGGUUUCCAAAUUCGUGAUUUUGAAUACAAUCCAGAAACUCAAGAGAGCCGGAAGCAGGAACUCGACAAGUUGAAUCAAGACCAGGAAACAUUCAGAAGUUCUCUUCUGCAAUGGUGCUACACCAGUUACGGAGAGGUUUUCAGCUCCUGGAUGCAUUUCUGUGCUGUUCGUGUCUUUAGUGAAAGCAUUCUGCGAUAUGGUUUGCCACCAUCGUUUCUGUCUACUGUAAUGUCACCGUCUGUGAAAAGUGAGAAGAAAGUUCGAUCCAUUCUCGAGGGACUUUCUGGAAAUUCAAACAGCACAUACUGGAAAACUGAGGACGAAGGAGGGGUGGGCGGGUUCGCAGGCGAGGCAGAUGCUCAUCCUUACGUCUGCUUCACCAUAAACCUCAUUUAAAAGCAGGUGCGUCGCUCUCUCUGCUGCGUUGCACAUGUUUUCAUGGCCCCCUCGAAAAUAAGGACAUUCUGCCACUGUAUAAAUAGAGUUAAGUUAUCCAAAUUGUUUUCUUCUUUUGGAAACAUGUGCUGCUCUGCUCUGCUGCCUGUGCUUACUACACUCUCAGUUCAUCGAUAACUCUUUUUUUGUCACACCCUUGCCGGGCUUCUUCCGCGCCUUAGCAAGAUUCAUUUAUGCUCCAUACUUUGAUUGUCUACUUGUGUUUGGGCUAUUGGCAUUGAAUGUAUUAUUGUUAUUAUUAUUGUUUUCCAUCCUAAAUAAUAAUAAACCACUUUCACCUGUUGGCGGGGGUUGGAUGGUGUCCCGGCGGUCAUUGAAAGUGAUUAAAUUUAUGUUUCUAUCCCUAUUUUCUUACAUUGUGUGUUAUAUAUUGGGUGAUGAGACAUGUUGGGAGUGUAUGUCUGAGAGAGAACAAGUUGGGGCCAGAAAUAAUACUCUAAUAAUAUUA